AUGCAAGUUCAUUGUUUUAUGUUUAUGUAUGUAUUGUAGACAUCCUUGAUUCUGUUAGUUUACUUGUUCCAGAGAAGCAGGACAGACAUCAACAUAGUACUUUCGGCAAAAUCAACUUAGAUGCAGGAGAUGGGUGGACUUGCUGAUGAUAGACAAGCUGAUAUAAGUAUUGACAGUGAUAUCAAAUUGCACAAUCUAAAUGUUUUUCAGUGGUUAUUCUCUUAUUGGCUGGAAUUUUAAUGGUAAAACUGGAGGAAGAGUCGAAAACUGUAAAACUUGGUUGACAACAUUUUAUCUUUCUUCUAUUGAGGUUGAAAGACGUGUUUUGAGCAGGAGGAGCCCCAUAUCUAGUGCAGCAGCUAUUAUUUACAUUAUCACUCAGCUCUUUGAUGAGAAGAAGUCUCCCCAAGAUAUAUCACUUGCUACUGGAGUCACCGAGGGGAUGAUUGCGAACUCCUCCAAGGAUCUGUAUCCUCACAUUUCAAAGAUAAAUACCAAGCUGGUAUGCCAAGAAAGAGGAUCUAAAGAAUUUCUACAGCUUUUGAGUGUGUGUAGAUAUACAAACAGAAUUGACAUUAGUUUACUUUCAAUUAGUUUUGGAAAUCAGAACAAUCUUGAAUUUUUAAUUAUUGUUAUAAAGAAUAUGGUGGUUCUUAAUUCUCACUCUUUGUAUUGUUGGAAGAUAUCUUGAAAAGUUUGUUAUUCAAACAU